AUGGUCUUCAACGAUAAGAGAGUAACUGAGCAUUUCCAUCCCAAAAUAUGGAUUUGUGUCUCCGAUGAUUUUGAUGAGAAGAGGUUGAUAAAGGAAAUUGUAGAAUUUAUUGAAAGAAUGUCACUUGGUGACAUGAGCUUGGCUCCACUUCAAAUGAAGCUUCAAGAGUUACUGAAUGGAAAAAGAUACUUGCUUGUCUUAGAUGAUGUUUGGAAUGAAGAUCAAGGUAAGUGGGCUAAUUUAAGACAAGUCUUGAAGGUUGGAGCUAGUGGUUCUUCUGUUUUAACCACUACUCGUCUUGAAAAGGUUGGAUCAAUUAUGGGAACUUUGCAACCAUUCCGAUUGUCAAAUUUGUCUCAAGCAGAUUGUUGGUUGUUGUUCAUGCAACGUGCAUUUGGACACCAAGGAAUAAAUCCCAACCUUGUGGCUAUCGGAAAGGAGAUUGUAAAAAAAAGUGGUGGUGUGCCUCUAGCAGCCAAGACUCUUGGAGGUAUUUUGCGCUUCAAGAGAGAAGAAAGAGAAUGGGAACAUGUGAGAGACAACGAUAUUUGGAAUUUACCUCAAGAGGAAAGGUCUAUUUUGCCUAUCUUAAGGCUUAGUUAUCAUCAUCUUCCACUUGAUUUGAGACAAUGCUUUGCGUAUUGUGCAGUAUUCCCAAAGGACACCAAAAUGGAAAAAAAGAAGGUAAUCUCUCUCUGGAUGGCACAUGGCUUUCUUUUAUCGAGAAGAAACUUGGAGCUAGAGGAUGUGGGUAAUGAAGUAUGGAAUGAAUUAUACUUGAGGUCUUUUUUCCAAGAGAUUGACGUUAGAUAUGGUAAUACUUAUUUCAAGAUGCAUGAUCUCAUCCAUGAUUUGGCUACAUCUCUGUUUUCGGCAAGCGCAUCAAGCAGCAAUAUCCGCGAAUUAAUUGAAAGAUACCCACAUAGAAUGCCUAUUGGUUUUGCUGAAUUGGUGCCUUUUAAACCUCCUUAUCUCUUGCAAAAGUUUGUCUCGUUGAGGGUGCUUAAUCUAAGUAAAUUACUUUUUGAGUCGUUACCCUCUUCCAUUGGAGAUUUAGGACAUUUAAGAUACUUGGACUUGUCUGGCAAUUUUAUAAUUCGUAGUCUUCCAAAGCAGCUAUGUAAGCUUCAGAAUCUGCAGACUCUUGAUCUACAUGAUUGUGAUUCACUUUGUUGUUUACCAAAAGAAACAAGUAAACUUGGUAGUCUCCGAAAUCUUUUACUUAAUGGUUGCAAUAAAUUGACUUGUACGCCACCAAGGAUAGGAUCUUUGACAUGCCUUAAGACUUUAGAUUGCUUUGUAGUGGGCGAGAGGAAAGGUUAUCAACUUGGUGAACUAAGAAAUUUAAACCUCCGUGGUGCAAUUUCAAUCACACAUCUUGAGAGAGUUAAGAGGGAUACGGAGGCAAAAGAAGCCAACUUAUCUACAAAAUUGAAUCUGCAUUCAUUAAGCAUGAUUUGGAAUGGAACGCAUAGGUAUGAAUCAGAAGAAGUUAAAGUGCUUGAAGCCCUCAAACCACACCCCAAUUUGAAAUCUUUAACAAUCAGUGGCUUCAAAGGAUUCUGUCUCCCAGACUGGAUAAAUCACUCAACUUUGAGAAAUGUUGUCUCUAUUCUAAUUAACGGUUGCGAAAACUGCUCGUGCUUGCCACCAUUUGGUGAGCUGCCUUGUCUAGAAAGUCUAGAGUUACAAGACGGGUCUGUGGAGGUGGAGUAUGUUGAAGAUUCUGGAUUCCCCACAAGAAGAAGGUUUCCAUCUUUGAGAAAACUUUUUAUAGGUGAAUUUCAUAAUCUGAAAGGAUUGCUGAAAAAGGAAGGAGAAGAGCAAUUCCCUGUGCUUAAACAGAUGAAGAUUGAGAAGUGCCCUGUGUUUGUUAUUCCUACCCUUUCUUCUGUCAAGAAAUUGGAACUUGUGUGCGAGGAAGAUGCAACAGGUUUCAGGUCCAUAUCUAAUCUUAGGGCUCUUACUUCCCUCAAUAUUGGGGAUAACAAAGAAGCCACUUCACUCCCAGAAGAGAUGUUCAAAAGCCUUGCAAAUCUCAAAUACUUGGAAAUCUCUUUCUUUAAGAAUCUCACAGAGCUGCCUACCAGCCUGGCUAGUCUCAAUGCUUUGCAGAGUCUGACGAUUGACCAUUGUGAUGCACUAGAGAGCAUCCCUGAAGAAGGAGUGAAAGGUUUAACUUCACUCACAAAGUUAUCUGUCAAGUACUGCAAGAUGCUAAAAUGUUUACCGGAGGGAUUGCAGCACCUAACAGCCCUCACAACUUUAACAAUUACUCGUUGUCCAAGAGUGGAAAAGCGGUGCGAGAAGGGAAUAGGACAAGACUGGCACAAAAUUGCACACAUUCCUAAUGUGAAAAUGCAUUCCUAA